AUGUGGAGAUAUUCUGAAUAUUUACCUCCAGUUCUUGCUUUCAUCCUAGAAAUUAUGUGCCAGGAGGUCCCAGCGCCUCCGUCUCCCGCCAUAACCAUCAGCAGCGACUCCGAGUCACUGUUCCUGAGCGGCAGCGUCAACUUCACGUGCCCGCCCUCCAUGGCCACUACUGCCUUGGCCAGCCUCCAAGUCCUCACAUGCACCGAGAACAGCGGUACCUUCGGCUUCCUCCCGCAGCAGGUCGAACCGUGCACAGUUUGCGCGGCAGAGCCUGAGGUGCGCAACGCCAGCACGACGUGGGUAAACAGCACCUCAUGGCAGCUUGACAGCACCGUGACAGCUACGUGCGACGACGACCACCUCGUGGCCAUCGGCGACACCGACUUCGUGAUCACGUGCAACGAGACGGGCUGGCAGCACGAGGCGGCGUGUUACGAGGAAGGUGAUCUGCCUCCCCCCUCAGGGUGCGUGGCCGAGCCCCCAGUGCCUGGCGACAACAUGACUCGCGAUGCCGUAGAAUGGGCGGGCGUGGGCGCCGUGCUGCAGUACAACUGCUCGCCAGGGCACUACAUUCCGCCUUCCGAGGCAGGAGCGGCGCCUCUUGCUUGGACCACAGUGACGUGCAUGGCGAACCACACGUGGACUCCCGCAGGGCCGGUCCUCAGUUGCUACCGGCGUGAGUUGUGGAUUUCCCUUGGGCUACGCCACCGGAAGAAGUUUCGCAGAGCAGGAAAUUUCUUAGUCAAGGGGGAAUUUUUGUGCCUUGAGACCCCGCCGGCAGCUGACCUGCCGGGAAACUCCAGCUGGGAUGGCGUGACCUCGGUCGUCGGGACACAGUUCGAGCUGUCGUGUCCCCCGGACUUCUUCUUCAGCGACUUGAACACCUCGGUCAGCGUCGAGUGUGGCGAGGACGAGCAGUGGACGGCCGUCGAAGCUGCCCUACUCCGCUGCAGAAGAGUUUGUUCCUCAUCGCUGCCGCCGGAGCCUACAGACGCUAUCCUGGUGGUUGAUGAGCCACCCUACUGGGAAGGCGCUACCGCCGCCUACGUAUGUCCGCAGGGCAUGCUGUCCAAGGAAGGCCAGAGGAGCGCCUCUGUGGACUGCGGCUCCGACGGAUGGACGCAGCUAGACCCGACCUUCGCUUGCUUUAAUUCGUGCCUCAGCCAGCCCCCUGAAGGGCCGGCGCGAGUCUCCAACAACUACACGGGCGGGCGCGUUGAGGGGACACUGGUGGAGUAUACGUGCCUGGCGGGUUUCUACGACCCGGGAUCCGCUUCUCCUCCCACUUCGGUCACUUCCAUCUGUGAAGAAGGACGCUGGACACUCGACAAGCUGCCAUACUGCGGAGGUAAGUCGGAUCACGCUCUCCGAGCAUGGCCUUAUGAAUAUUCUAUAUCUUUAGAAAAGAAUUUUUACAAAGCCGAGAUCGAGGAUUCAUUCGAGAGGCUGUGUGUCGUUGGCAAACUGGUCAGGUUCGCUGCCUAG